AUCUUUGAUUCAUCAUGAGCUCAGGCAUAUUUGAUGUUAAUGAAUACUCCAUAACUAUUGAGGAAGCAGCAAACACGGUAAAAGCCAAGCUACUAAAAUAUGAGCAAUUGAGGAAGCCCCGUGUGAUGAUCAUCUGUGGAUCCGGUUUGGGAGGAAUAGUGAAUAUCUUACAAGAACCCCGGAUUGAACUUAGGUAUGAAGAGAUUCCUGGUUUUAAAUCUUCAACUGUCUCCGGACAUGCUGGUAAAUUGGUGUUUGGGUUAAUAGGUGAUAACAAGGUUCCAGUUAUGUGUAUGGUCGGAAGAUUACAUUUUUAUGAAGGAUACACCUUCCAAGAAACCACCUUUCCUAUAAGAUUAGCCAAGGCAAUUGACAUUGAAACGGUGGUGGUGACAAAUGCAGCUGGUGGGGUCAAUAGUGACUUCAAAGUAGGAGACUUAAUGCUUAUCAACGACCAUAUCAAUUUCCCGGGAUUUGCUGGGUUUAAUGCUUUAAGAGGACCUAAUUUAGUUGAGUAUGGACCUAGAUUUUUACCUUUAUCUGAUGCCUAUGAUUUCGAUUUGAGACGACUUUUCUUUAAAUCCAAGAAGAAGUUGGGAAUUGAUAGAACUGUUCAUGAAGGAGUCUACUUUUUUGCAGCCGGACCAACUUAUGAAUCGAGAGCGGAAGUAAGAAUGAUUAGAACUUUAGGUGGUGAUGCGGUGGGGAUGUCCACUGUCCCCGAGGUUGUUGUAGCCCGUCAUAGUCAAUUGAAAGUGUUGGCUUUAUCAUUAAUUACAAACGUUGGAGUUGGUGAAAAACCUCCCAGUGCCUUAGACGAGAGCCCAGUGAGGCUAGAUGAGGGAAUGGCCAAUCAUGAAGAAGUCUUGGAAGCUGCCAAUGAAGCAUCCAAGGAUGUGCAAAAGAUCUUUGAAGCUACGAUCAACCAAUUAUAGGUAUGAAUAACUGAUAUUAUUACUAUUUUGACACUCUAAAUACUCUAAUUUAGGUUUUUUUGGAUUCGAGGGUUAUUUGGCUCAUCUGUUGGGGCAUUAUACUAUUGGGCAUUCAUUAUACAACUUACUGAUCCACUUCUCCGGCGGACUCCCAUUUUCCUUGUAAAUUUUCUUUCCACAAGCUGACCUUAUUAUCACCUCCCGAUACUGCUAAUAUAUUGCCCGACAAAGACCAUGAACAUCUCCAACAAACGUCUGGGAAUUUUUCAUCGGUCAAAAGUUGUUUCUGCCAUUUUCCAGAUUUGUCUUGGCUCCAAAUCAACACCGUACGGUCUUGAGAGGCAGUUGCAAUGUAAGACCGAAUUAAAACCGACGGAGACCAGGAUACAUCCCGAACCCAAUCACUGUGACCUUCCAAUCUGGCUUCUUCAACGUACUUAUUGUCCUUGGCACUGAAUUUCCAAAUCUUAGCCAAAUUGUCUGAUCCACAAGUGACAAACUUUCUUUCAGGUGUUGGAGACUUGGAAUCAACACUAGUAAUUGGAGCCCAUGAUGCAGAGUUCACUCCUAUAGCGUGAGCAUCGAAUAUAACAUGCGAUGAGGUUCCGUCAUCUUUGAAAUCAACCACGGAGACUUUUCCAUCAGAAGAAGAGCAUAAUAACACGGCUCCCAAUUCAUGAGGAGCCCAAGAUACCGAAUUAACACUAGCUUGAUGAACCUUAUGUUCAGCUAUAAUUGACCAUUGUCUAGUUUCUGGUUGUUCUUUCCAGAUCAAAGCUUUGCCAUCAUAGGAGCAGGAGGCCAAAAUGGACCCGAAUUUGGGAUGGGCCCAGGAAACUUGCCACACAGGACCUUCGUGGCCCACCAAAGUUUCCACCAAUUUAUAGGAUUCACCUUCGAUGUCAAAUAACUUGAUGGUAUUAUCUGAAGAACAGGUCGCCAAUCUCUUACCGUAGUAAUCCAAAACUGCAUCAUGAAUCAAAUCAUCAUGGGCGUUACCAAUUGUAACCAUUGUUGAGUAUUUUUUAUUUGUAGUUGUGUGAUUUGUGAAUUGGAUCGAAGAUUGAAUGAUUUCAAGAUUGAUCGAUUUGGGCUGACACUUAGGAUCACAGUUCUAGAGAUAGCGAGAUCAAUAUGAUAUCGUCAGAUAGAUGAAAAACAAUUACUUUUCUAUCCAGACGUGUUGCUGUCGUUUCGAUUUGAG